UCUAACUUUCCUAUUAUUCUCUCUUCAUUCCUUCAUACUAUUCUUCUCUGCGAUUCCAUUUCGUCAGAGGACCCACCUCGGCUUGAAGCCAUACACUUGUGCGGUCUGCUCAAAAGAGUUCUCCGCCUCCAGCAACCUACUGACGCAUAUGCGCGUCCAUACCGGCAUCCGGCCAUAUACAUGUGACCUUUGUGGUCGACAGUUUGCCACAUCCAGCAACCUCCAAGUCCAUAGGAACGUACGUUUGUAA